AUGUGUUUACACACAGAACAGAAAAUGAAGCCAUUUGAUACUAGGAAAACGAAAAGUAUUUUUCAUGAGAUGUUUGUUCAUAGCAAACGAGAAUCGUAUGCUUCUUAUGGAGCAAUUGAUGCUACAUAUAAACAUUGUAAAAUUUCCAUAAUUCGUUUGAAUGGCACUCAAUGUCAUGGUCACGUCAUCUGCGUGAAUGAGUGCCGGGAGGGAUGA